GGCUGCGUCGCCGCUGCCGCCGCUCCGCGGGUGAAUGAACCUGUCCCGGACGGCGACAGCGGCUUCGCCUCGGGCUGCGGCACCAGCCUUCCCCAGGACAAAAUGGACGGGUUCGCCGGGAGCCUGGAUGACAGCAUCUCAGCUGCAAGCACAUCUGAUGUCCAAGACCGACUUUCAGCCUUAGAGCUGAGAGUACAACAACAAGAAGAUGAAAUCACUGUCCUAAAAGCAGCAUUGGCUGAUGUGCUAAGGCGCCUUGCUAUCUCUGAAGACCAUGUAGCUUCUGUGAGAAAAUCAGCUCCAAGUAAAGGUCAGCCAAGCCUCCGAGAAGCUAUCUCGAUGUCCUGUAUAACCAAUGGGAGUACAGGAAGCAGGAAAACAAGCCACAGUUCCUCUGUAUCUGUUGCCAGAAAAGAAACUUUUUCAUCUGCUGCAAAAAGCGGUACAGAAAAAAAGAAGGAAAAACCUCCUGGACAGAAAGAAAAAAAAGAGGAAUCUCAUUCUAAUGAUCAAAGUCCACAAACUCAAGCAUCACCUUCUCCCCAGCCGCCCUCACAGACUCUCCAAACACACAGGCAAACUCCAGAAAGCAAGAGUUCUGCUCCAACUAAAAGCAUAAAGAGAUCGUUGACUGCUGAAAAACCUCACAGUGCUUGGGAGAGCUCAGAUGACAGUCGUAACAAGCUACUGAGAGUAGCAUCAACAUCUAAAUUAAUAUCGAAAGUGGCAAAGAAUGCAGACAAGCACAAAGAUGUCAUCAUCAGCCAAGCAAAAAUGUCAACUCGUGAAAAAAACAGCCAAGAGGGAGAAUAUAUCAAGAUGUUCAUGCGGGGUCGACCAAUCACAAUGUUCAUUCCUUCUGAUGUAGAAAACUAUGAUGAUAUUAGGACUGAGCUGCCUCCUGAAAAGUUAAAACUGGAGUGGGUAUAUGGGUACCGUGGAAGAGAUUGUAGAGCCAAUGUUUACCUCCUUCCUACCGGAGAAAUUGUAUAUUUCAUAGCAUCAGUUGUGGUACUAUUUAAUUAUGAAGAGAGAACUCAACGACACUACCUGGGUCAUACAGACUGCGUUAAAUGUCUUGCAGUUCAUCCAGACAAAAUUAGAAUUGCAACAGGACAGUUAGCUGGAGUGGAUAAAGAUGGAAGGCCCUUGCAGCCCCAUGUUAGAGUGUGGGACUCAGUGAGCCUGGUGACACUGCAGGUUAUCGGCCUGGGGACUUUCGAGCGUGGAGUUGGGUGCUUGGAUUUUUCAAAAGCGGAUUCUGGUACUCAUUUGUGUGUAAUUGAUGACUCUAAUGAACAUAUGCUCACUGUAUGGGAUUGGCAGAAAAAAUCAAAAGUAGCAGAAAUAAAGACUACAAAUGAAGUUGUGCUCGCUGUAGAAUUCCAUCCAACUGAUGCAAAUACCAUAAUAACGUGUGGCAAAUCUCAUAUAUUUUUUUGGACUUGGAGUGGCAAUUCGUUAUCAAGGAAGCAAGGGAUAUUUGGGAAAUAUGAAAAGCCCAAAUUUGUUCAGUGUUUGGCUUUUUUGGGAAAUGGUGAUGUGCUCACUGGAGACUCAGGUGGGAUAAUACUUAUAUGGGGCAAAACUACUGUAGAAUCUACUCCAGGAAAAGGACCUAAAGGAGUAUAUCAGAUAAGCAGACAAAUCAAAGCUCAUGAUGGCAGUGUAUUUACCCUCUGUCAAAUGAGGAAUGGGAUGCUGCUAACAGGAGGUGGGAAAGACCGAAAGAUCAUUCUGUGGGAUCAUGACUUGAAUCCCGAAAGGGAAAUUGAGGUUCCUGAUCAGUAUGGAACAAUAAGAGCAGUAGCAGAAGGAAAAGCAGAUCAAUUUUUAGUGGGUACUUCACGAAACUUUGUUUUACGUGGAACAUUUAAUGAUGGUUUCCUAGUAGAAGUACAGGGACAUACAGAUGAACUCUGGGGACUGGCAUCACAUCCUUUCAAAGACUUAUUUUUAACUUGUGCUCAAGAUAGGCAAGUUUGUAUGUGGAACUCUGUGGACCACACACUGGAAUGGACCAGGCUGCUAGAUGAACCGGGCCACUGUGCCGACUUCCAUCCCAGCGGAGCGGUGGUUGCAAUAGGAACGCAUUCAGGACGGUGGUUUGUUCUGGAUGCAGAAACAAGGGAUCUGGUCUCAAUACACACUGAUGGCAAUGAGCAGCUCUCAGUGAUGCGCUAUUCAGUAGAUGGCACCUUACUUGCAGUUGGGUCCCAUGACAACUUUAUUUACCUCUACAUAGUAACAGAAAAUGGAAGAAAGUAUAGCAGACAUGGAAAAUGCACUGGACAUUCCAGCUAUAUUACACACCUUGAUUGGUCCCCGGACAACAAGCAUAUAAUGUCAAACUCAGGAGACUAUGAAAUACUAUACUGGGACAUUCCAAGUGGCUGCAAGUUAAUCAGGAAUCGUUCUGACUGUAAGGAUAUAGAUUGGACAACGUACACUUGUGUGCUAGGCUUUCAAGUGUUUGGAGUAUGGCCUGAAGGAUCAGAUGGGACAGACAUAAAUGCUCUUGUCAGAUCCCAUAAUCGAAAAGUGAUAGCAGUUGCUGAUGAUUUUUGUAAGGUCCAUCUCUUUCAGUAUCCCUGUUCCAAGCCAAAGGCUCCAAGUCACAAAUACAGUGCUCACAGUAGUCAUGUGACAAAUGUCAGCUUUACCCAUAGUGAUAGUCACUUGAUCUCAACUGGAGGGAAAGACAUGAGUAUUAUCCAAUGGAAACUUGUGGAGAAGGUAACUCUACCACAAAAUGACAUUGUUGUAGACCUCGGUGCAACCAAAGUGCCCAUUUCUGCCAGUGAGAAUGCUGUACAGUCUCCUGCUCCCCUCCCACAGCCUUUUAACGAAAUGAACCAAAUUGAAAGUGUAACUGGCAGCUCUCCGGCCUCCCUGGAGAGCAACUUGGAGCAGUCUGCAGAGGCCAGUGAGGAACAGAGCGAGGAGCAAAGUGAUGGGAGCAGCCUGGACCCUGCGGAGCCAGGCUAUGAGGAGCCCUCCAAUGAGACGAGUGAGGAGCACAGCGAGUCCACGGUCACCGAGGAGCAGCAGGAGAACUUGCCAGAGUCAUAAUGCUCCCAGCUCAGAUGGUUGUUAUUGUCCCUUGGUGUGCGUGCUUUCAUUACAGGGUGAGGGUUCAAAUAGGCAAAAGUAGCUGAGAUUCAUGACCACUCCAGCUUUUUGAGUUUUGGUGAGAUUUUUAGUCUGAGCUUCAGUUCAAUAUGUGGAACCAUCCCAAGGGCCUGGCUUUGAUGGUUUGUAUCAAGAUCUGGUCCAAGUUAGUAGUGGACAUUAUCAUAGAUCCAUUGUAGUUCUGAAAUUGCUGUUAGGAAGUGGCAUGAAAUAUAUACUGGAAAAAAAGGUUAGCUCUAAGAAUUAGCUGAGAUAGACCACCUUACCUAUGUGAAAGGGCUUUCUGAAAGAGCUAAGCUGAUGGGAAGCACUGAGCAAUUCCAGCUGAGGAGUUACUGUGCUGCUUUUUCUAGGUGCGAAGACAAACAAAAACCAAAAAUCUCUUGGUAGGGCUGUUUUCCUUUGUUUUUUCUUAGUGAGAAAAAUAGAGGAAAAACAAUGUAAUGAUGCCACGUGUAUGGCAAUGCCUUCUUGAUCUAAUACAUAUGCAAUUUUCUAACACUACUAAUUCCUAGUGGAGUCUGGACAUGCUCACAGUUGGUCUGCCCUGGGUGCUGCUAGUUCUAAGGCAAAUCCUAUUGAGGAAUGGUGUCAGCUGUUCCAUUUUUUUAGGCUACUUAAUAACAGACUAACCAAAUACUGGUGUGUUUCACUUUUCAUGACCUGAAGGUUGAUUUAAACAGUAGGAUCCAAUUGUCUCUUCAAAGAAUUGCCUAGAGAGUCUUUACAGUGACUUCGAUGUGAAUGGCAGAGAAUGUGCGACAAGAACACAAGUCAGAUGGGCUCCAGAGUUAAGCUUUAAGCCUUCAAGCAGAACUUGCUCCAUCCGUAGUAGGAGAAAAAUACAGUUAACUUAAAUUAUUAAAUUGGUGCUUGGGAUUAGUAUAUUAAGUCGGUAAUUUUUUUCUUAAUUUUUAGAGGUAACUCUAGGAAUCAUUAAACUGCAAUCUUUUUCUUUUGUUUUUGUUUUCAGACUUGCUGAUAUAUUUUGUGACUUUGUUUUUUCCCACCCCUACUUCCCCACCACCUCUCUCUCCCCAGGUUGCUCUAAGCCAUGCAGCUCUCAUGUGGCUAUACCUGGCCAGUUACGGGAUAUCUUGGCAUUUGUUAUGCAUUUGGAAAGUAAUUUUUUUUUUUAAUGAAGUUUGUCAGAUAGUUACAAUUUUUUCUUAAGUGCAUACGUUUCCUACUUUAAAAAGAUAUAGUUUUACUGACAGAUAUCCAUUUCCUAUGUACUUGUUUAUAUUUUGAUUACAUAGAAUUUUCUUUUUUAACUUGCUGCAUUGUGCUGGUAUUUUAGUUCUUAGUUAGAAUAUCAUGUUUAGAUACUUUGGAUGAGUUCAUAAGUCUUAAUUGUGCAAGCGUUUACGUGAUUGUGCCAUUCCAAAGUGCAUCAAAACUGUCAUUCCCUUACUAGUAUCUUCUCAGGAGAAAUGCUACAGAUCAGGUAUUUAGUCAUCAUUUGGAAAGAUAAAAAAUAAAUGGACUCCCAAAGGACAUUUAGAACAUUUAUAUAUAAAAUAUAUAAAUAUAUAUAUACACACAUAUAUAUAUAUUAAAAAAUAUAUCCUCUUGUUUACAACAGUUCCAGAAAACCUCAAAGUAGUUCCCUUCGGAUGGAGGGACAAAUGGAUUCCAAGCAACCCAUCUGUUUAAACUGUGCUCUGUACAUAGUGUUUUUCUGGAGAGCUCUAGUUUGCCUGACUUGCAGAUUUGCCAAAAAGCAGCCAUGGAAGAUAAAGAUCAGCUUAUCAGACUGUAUGGUUCCGAAGGAGGAGUAUGGCAUAGGUUUAGAAAAUUAUCCUAGUAAAGGAAAAAGGAUUUUAGAGCUAAUGAGGCACAGAGCUCUCUGUCAUUUUUAUGAACUCCACGUAAGCAACACAUUUCAUUUGGAACAUCUGUCACCUGGGGUUGCCAUGUAAAAUGAGAGUUAUAUAGUUGUGAUAUUCUUGUGUUUGUAGUUCAGAAGACUCUACUAAUAUGCAAAAAGCCUUACAGCUUUCAAUUGCUGGCAACUACUGUUUAACAAAUAAUUAAAUCUGUGAUAAUGGAUGGAAAUGGGUGGGAUUAUGUAACGGUAGAUGUUUUAGAAAAAUAAUUGUGAAUGAAUUAAGAGUGUUUCAUGUGAAGAUGUUUGAGCCAUUUCUAUCUAUCAUGCAUUCCUGUCUGAAGGCAGAAAAUUUUGAAGAUUAAAAAAAAAUAAAGUAAUCAAAAGAA